UAAUGUAAAACCAGGUUAUGUUUACCUGUAAAAGGUGUGAAAACAAAGAUGAGGAGAAGAUGUAUAAUAAAUGACCAUGUCAACCAAGAACAAGAAAUAACAACUAAAACAUAGGUGAAGAAUUUUACAGAAUGAAGUGGUUGACAUUGAGUGUGAUAUUGGCUAUUCCAACCGUUCACUGUUUUUACGGAGAGUUUAUUGAGUUUGUGGAAGAUUUACCAUUACAAUACCAAACAGGAGAAUGCAAGUUUACCUCGAAUGAAUAUUACAGACCAGGUGAACUAGGAAUCCAGGUACUCUUGGAUAAGCAAGUAUUAGACUUCUAUACAUUGGGUUAUUUCAAAUAUGGAACAGAAUAUAAAGGAUUUCUACAGAAUUUAAUAAAUAUUAAACAUGUCUAUCCUGGGAAUAAUAUAAUAAGAUAUGCGACAAGUUAUUUCGGUAGAAGAUAUCUGCAUGCGAAAUGUUUUGCAACACCAUUUUACUCUCAUCCAAAUACAACACCGAUACCAACUACCUCGACUAAACCAACAACAAAAUUAACAACCAGCACAACUACACCGGUAACAACUACAAGCAAACCUAUCACAACAAAAUCGACAACUACUUCAGCUAUCACCAAACCGACAACUACUACAACAACAAAACCGACCACUACUUCUACUGCUACUACCACACAGCUGACAACAACUACGACUGAGCCGACAACAACGGAACCGACUACUACAACCACUGAGCCAACAACGACUACUACAGAGCCGACAACAACAACAACAACGGAACCGACUUCUAUGACAACUACUACAGAGCCGACAACCAGAACUACAACAACGGAACCGACCACUACUUCUGAGCAAACAACAACUACCAAGCCAACAACUACAACAACUGAGCCGACAACAACUAUAGCAACUGAACCGACAACAACUACAACAACAGAACCGACCACGAUAACAACAACAGAACCGACCACGAUAACAACGAAACCGACAACUACAACAACGGACCAGACCACUACAACAACAACGGAACCGACUACUACAACAACUGAGCAGACAACAAUUACAACAACAGAACUGACAACAACUACAACAACGAAACCGACCACUACAGCAAUGGAACCGACAACCACAACAACAAUGGAACCGACAACCACAAAAACAACGGAACCGACCACUACAACAAACGAAUCGACUACUACAACAACUGAUGAGACAACAAUUACAACAACAGAACUGACAACAACUACAACAACGAAACCGACCACUACAACAACAGAACCGACUACUAAAACAACUGACCAGACAACAAUUACAACAAAAGAACUGACAACAACUACAACAACGAAACCGACCACUACAGCAAUGGAACCGACAACCACAACAACAAUGGAACCGACAACCACAAAAACAACGGAACCGACCACUACAACAACGAAACCGACAACUACAACAACGAAACCGACAACUACAGCAACGAUCCCGACCACUACAACAACAACUGAGCCGACAACAACUACAACAAUAGAAUCUACAACAUCUGAACCGACAACAACUACAACAACGGAACCGACAAUCGCAACAACAACGAAACCGACCACUACAACAGCUGAACCGACAACAACUACGACAACGAAACCGACAACAACUACAACAACGAAACCGACAACAACUACAACCACUGAGCCGACAACAUCUACUACACCAACACAGACACAACCCACAACAACAACAAAAUCUACCACAACAACCGAAUUGACAAUUACUUCGACUACUGACCCUACAACACCAACUUUGCCAACAAGAAAACCACCACCAGAACCAGCACGAUGAGACAACAAUAGUUUAACAGAAAACAAACCUCUAUGCUUCAGGUUUUUGUAAGAUAUCAAUGUACAUUUGAUAGUGUUCAAAAGCGAAAUCAAAUUAUGCAAAACAAGGGAAUAUGUGAGAGUUGUCAUGUUGUUGUCUGCUUUAUUUUAUAUGUGAUAUGUCUUUCAAUUAAAAUCUUAUUUUGAUAAUAACAUUUAAGUCACCAUUAAAUCUAUUUCAAGAAAAUGCAGAGCGCUUGCUUUAGCGUGUUUACAAAAGACAGUAUUAUAUAAGCAAACAUAAAAUAUAUUAUAUACAUUAUACAAUGCAUUUUCAACUGUGCAUGCUAAGCGCAACUACAUUGUGUGUAGCUUUGUUGGUCGAACGAACACAAAACGCGUUGU